GCAAAUCCAUUGAUGCAGAGAGACUCAUGAGCUCAGUUUGCAAGCAAGAGCCGUGGAGGACUUCUGAAAAGUUCAGGUGUAUGCUUCCUCAUGAGUCACAUUUGCACCUUCAAUCCUCCACCUGCAAGAUUCAGUCACAAAAGCUGAAGCUGCCAUGACUUUCUACGAUGAUAUUUAUCCAUUCUACAAUAUGAGAAGGACUUCCUUCAUCUUCAGUGGCCACUUGCUCACAGUUAUUGUGUGCUUCCUUGUCACGGCGCUUUGUCUACUACUCAUUCUGCCCGGCAUUCGAGGAAAACCGCGGCUGUUCUGGCUGUUGAGGAUCGUUUUGAGCUUAUUUAUCGGUGCUGUCAUCGUUGCACUCAACUUUGCUGACAACUGGGCCGAGGCCCGUAUGACCACAAAUGCCACCUACAAGUCUUUCAGCAAUGCGGUGGUUCACGCCGACAUCGGCCUACAUGUUGGCUUGUAUGGCAUUAAUGUCACACUCAAAGGGAAUCCUGUAAUCCAGUUGAAUGAGACAAUCGACUACAAUGAGAUGUUCACCUGGCACGAUACUAUCGAAGAGGAGUAUAAGGCAGCAUUGGAGAAAGGGCUUCCGAACCCCAUCCUCUACAUUGCUGAAAAAUUCACAGUCAACAGCCCGUGCGGCCUCAUCUUUCACUACAGACACUCUGGGCGAUACGCAUCUGCGACUCUCUGGUCGGCAUUCUGCUGCUGGAUGCUGGCCAAUGUCCUUCUCUCCAUGCCAGUCAUUUUAUAUGCCGGCUACAUGAUGUUGGCUACAGGUGCCUUCAUCUUUAUCUCUACAGCCGCUUUCACUGCCGUCAAGAAUGCGCCACAGUGCAUUUUCUCAAUUGGGAAAGCUUCUUUUGAAGCCGAGUACAGCCUUUCCUUCUGGCUGGCUCUAGCUACCGGUGCACUGUGUACUAUCAUCGGAGUUGUAGUUGUGAUGAUGAACUUUUUGGUACCUGAGAAGAUAAAAGAGGCUUUCAGUGUGGGUAUGGAAACCUGUGAAGAUGAGGACGUGUCUUAUGGGGAAACAUACCUGAAUUCAGCCAUCCUUGAUCAUGUGACAGUCUCACCAGGAGCAUGUCUGACUCCUUCCUUCUCUCAAAUUUUUGUGCUCAAGACUUGAAGAUUUACUGAAUUUGUUACAGAGAAUGUCAAUUGUUGUUGUUCUAUGUAUUUAGUGGGUAGGCGUUUAAAUGCACUGUAUUUGUAAGAACAAAAAUAUUUUGUAUGGAAUCCAUGCACUGUAGUGUUAAUAAACACACAACUUUAUUAUUUCUUUCUAGUUUAGCAUUGGUCCAUAUUAUCAUUUUCACUGGAUGUUAAAAAAAAUAUACCCGUAUUGGCCUGAAUAUAAAGACAGUGUUUUUUGCAUUGAAAUAAGCUGAAAAAGUGGGGGUCUAGACAUUAUACUCAUUCACGACGCUUGAUGGC